AUGGGAGGAGAGGUUCAGCAUGAUCACAUCACCAGAGUAAUUCGGGCUGCAGCCGAACAUGAUUUAACCACUCUGGAGGAGUGCGUGAAUGAAUACUCUUUUCCGGACUGCAAAGUCGUGGAUGUCCAAGAUCCCGAGACUGGUUUUUCACCGUUGCAUGCUGCCAUUUUAUCAUGCAGAUCAUCUGUUAAUGGCCAUGGAUCUGCGAAAUUGGACAACGAAGACGCUGGCUCGUCGGCAAUCAGAUACUUGUUGGAAAAUGGUGCAAUUUGGAAUCAACUGGAUAAAAAUGACGAAACGCCCGGCUGCCUAGCAUACCGUCUGGGCUUGUUGGAACUCUAUCAGCUCAUGGUGGAUGCCGGCGUGAGAGCAGAAAUGAUAUUAAGCAGACUUGAGGAGUACGAGAGAAUGGAGGACGACGAUAUGGACAAAGAAGACAAGCCGGAGGAAGAGCAACACAUCGCUGGGAAUGAUCAAUCAAGUUCGUCAAAACCUCAAGACGACGUUAUUGACUCAGUCGGGGACCAUCAGCCGGAUGUCAAUACCUCAGCUUAUCUAUCAUCCACUCUUUCUCUCAGCAGUAGCAAGCUCGUAGACGACCAACAGAACGGAGUCAUGAUGGGAUGGGAAAGCGGGAUUAUGAAGCAAUCUGCCGAUCAUCUUCUUACCACCCCAGGAAUGAGAGUUUUGAACAUCGGCUUUGGUAUGGGUAUAAUUGAUUCUCACAUUCAAAACCACCCGAGUAAGCCAGCGCGCCACUACAUUGUCGAAGCUCACCCAGAUGUUCUCAAAGACAUGGAGUCUAAAGGCUGGAUGAGCAAGACUGGAGUCGAAGUUCAUCGGGGGAGAUGGCAAGAUGUACUCCCAGAAUUGGUGGCCGAUGGAGAAACAUUCGACGCUAUAUAUUUCGAUACCUUUGCGGAAUCGUAUGCAGAAUUCCGAGAAUUCUUUACAGAGCACGUUAUGGCGCUACUGGAUCAGAGUGGGCGAUGGUCAUUCUUCAAUGGCAUGGGUGCAGAUCGCCAAAUCAGUUACGACAUUUACCAAAAAGUGGUGGAGAUGGAUCUGUUCGAGGCAGGUUUUGAGGUCGAUUGGGAAGACGUCGAACUCCCUAAGCUCGACCAGGAGUGGGACGGAGUGCGUCGUAAGUACUGGAACAUCGACAGCUAUCGUCUCCCGGUUUGCAAAUUCAUGGACUGA